GGGCACUAGUGCACUGAAUCAGUGAACCGUUUUGAGAUUUGAUCAUUGCAUCAUUUUUUGGGUUAGUUUAGCUUCGUCAUGUUGCGAUCCAUGGCACGGAUUCUGCCGCCCCUCGGCUGUCCUGUGAGAGCCGAAGUCACAAGACCUUGCCAUAGUCGUCCUUUCCAGUUCCCCUCAGGUGUUGAGCAUAGCCCCGAGAUGGGCGAGUUCGUCAUGCGUCUUGAACAGGGAAAAGAAGCGUUCAUUCGCUACGAGAAGUUAGACGGCGGUGGUUGGAAUCUCUACACCACGCAGGUGCCGGAUGAAUUUGCAGGCCGGGGUAUUGCUGCCAAGCUUGCCGAGGUUGCUCUGGACGCAGCGCUCGCAGACAAUGUCAAGGUUACGCUUAGCUGUUCGUACCUGGAGCAUUACGUUGCGAAGAAUCCUGAACGAUAUCGGAACGUUCUCCACACGGAUUAGCUCUCCAGCAAGAUUUCAUUUCACGUUCCCUUCCUGCAGCCACCGGCUAGCACCAUGGGAGAUACAACAGAUUCUAUUCCGCGUUUCUUUCCGCGGUGAGGGCAGCAGGUAGAUUUGGAAGUGUGUGUGUGUGUGUGAUUUCUGACGUGUGCUGUGACCCUGGUCAGUUGACGUAUUGGGACAUACAGUGGCAUAUGACCUGGGCUGACGGUUCUUGUGGCUAAGUCACACAAGUACGUUGUUGCUGGAGGUAAUGCUCCAAUCCUGUGCUGUCAGCAAAUGAUGGUGUCGCCUGGAGUUGAGUUCCCACCUACUCCUCAUGCCAGUUGGGUGGUGUGGUGAUCAGGGGUGCUGCGGAUCUACCCUCAGUGAAAGCGUCAUGCCCUUCUGAUCUGUGCUCCUCACCCCCUCCGACCACUCAUUCAGCACAUUGCUGGUGAUGAUGAUGAUGUGAGAGGUCAGUGAAUGAUGCCAUACGCAGUGUGACAUUAAUACCAAGAUGAUCAGAGCAGCUGGAUACAAACUAUGUUGAUAGCAUUAUCAGUGCCGACCACUUUGUCUUCCAGCUUCGCUAUCAGAUCCCCAAAUUUAUCCUGGAGCAGUUUUUUUCGCAGUCCCUUUGGGGACGCUGGCAAAAUGCUUCCUCUUCUGUGUACACAUUUGCCUUUUAAUCUAGUGUCUGAAGCCAAUGGCAGCUUUGCAGACUUUUGGCAAUACGGUUUCGCCUGUAUUUUUCUGUGUCAGUGUUGAAGCCCAGUGUUGAGUCAACCAUCAUGGCCAGAUUUUGGACAGCAAAAUCUUGAUGGCUUCAUCUUACAACUACAUACACUAUGAUUCAGUCAAGCCAAACUUGCCAAUAAAAACUCCUGUUUUAGCAUGAGAACGGUGUUGUUGUUGUUGUUGUUGUUGUUGUUGUUGUUGUUGUUGUUGUUGUUGUUGUUGUUUUGUCACAAAUUUAAUGUAUGCAGUCAAAUGUUUACUAGGUCUCAGAUAGUCUUCUUCUUCUCAAAUUGGUCUUAUACCCGAGGUUUGCAUUUGUAAGGUCGAACUGUUACAGUGUUACUUGGAUUAUGUUCGAUCUCUCAAAUCCGGAUUCCCGAUCGAUUGCCCGGAUCAUUCAGAUCCUCCCAGGUCCAAUCCAACGAAUUAAUGUGUAAUGGUCGUGCCAAGAAAGGUUGAUUUGCAAAACUGUCGGAUCCAGUAAACCCUGGGUUGGCCAGAUCCAAAUCCGUCGGAUCCGAACCCGGAUUCAACCAAUUGAAAGGGUGCGAAUCCAGUGGAUCCGGUUGAUCUAGAUCCGGAUCUUGCCAAUCGUACAUACCCUUGUACACUGAGUUUUGACAAUGUCUGGAGCAUUUCUUUGCUGUAAAGAGUAUGCUGAACUUCA